AUGGCUGAAGGCGGCCGUGAGCAGGGCGGGGAGGACGACCUGACCGGACUGUCCCGCGGCGCCGGCGUCUGCAAGUGGUUCAACGUACGGAUGGGCUUCGGCUUCCUGUCCAUGAGCAGCACGGACGGAGUUCAGCUGCCGCAGCCGCUCGACGUCUUCGUCCACCAGAGCAAGCUGCACAUGGAGGGAUUCCGCAGCCUCAGGGAAGGAGAAGCCGUGGAGUUCAGCUUCAAGAGGUCCUCCAAAGGCCUGGAGUCGGUGUGGGUCACCGGGCCCAACGGGGCGCCGUGUCUGGGCAGCGAGAGGAAGCCCAAGAGCUCGCAGAAGAGACGAUCCAAGGCCGACAGAUGCUACAACUGUGGCGCCCCUGGUCAUCACGCCAAAGAGUGCCAGCUGCCCCCUCAGCCCAAGAAGUGCCACUGCUGCCAGAGCGUUUCCCACAUGGUGGCGAGCUGUCCGGUGCGAGCGCAGCAGCAGCAGCAGCGGCGGGAAUCGAACGCCUCGCCCAGGGACCAGCAUGAGGAGCAGAGCUGA